AUGUCGAACACGAACGGUACACCUAGGUCCAAGUAUCAGCAACCGAAUAUGGCUUUCCCUCGAAAGGAGCCGUCGGAGGCUCGCGGAGGCACAAACGAUGGAAGAGUACAGAAUGGUGAGUCAAGCGCCCGUGUCGAUCCAUGUAUGCAACUAACGACCCCAGGCAAUGCAAGCUCUUUCAGGACAGACAGCGCUAUUUCUAAUGGCAGAAAUCAAGGCGAGCGCGUUCUUCAAAGAUGGGUUCCCGAUGCCCCUGAAGAUGUUGAUGGCUCCUUGGAGUCCACAAGAACGAAAACGCCAGGUGUCCCGUGGGAUCAGUUUGAUGUCAAUGAGCGCCUUUUUGGUGUGAAAACUGACUAUGAUGAAAACAUAUACACAACUCCCCUGGACAAAAGCCACCCUCAAUACAAGCAAAGAGUCGCAGACGCGGAAAUCAAAGCAAGAGAGAUUGAGCGCAGUGCGGCUACCAAUUCUCAUGUUGCAGAAGAGCGAGUCACAGACAAUAUUAAAAGCGGCGAUAUUGGUGAUGAAGAGGAUAAAUAUAGUGGUGUCCGCCGACAACAAGAUUUCCCACCCCUCUCUUCCACAAACAACAAAUACACACCUCCGGCUCGACGGGCCCCUACGGGACAAUCAACUGUUGCCGGUGCGCCUGUGGAUCCUGCAAUCAUAUCUUCACAGCUCGCACGUCCUGAUAAGUCAAGUGCUGAAAAAAAGCCUGCUCCUGGGCAAAAGCCCUCCAAGCCUGAAGCUGCUACUCCACCUACAACGACUGAGACGAGUGUUACUCCGGAGCCUAAAGUAGCCGCCAGCGCGCAAACCUCAUCCGCCAGCCACAACGCUUCGCCGCAGGUCAAAAGCAUUGCUACUCCAAACGCUACAGCCACUGUUGAACGUGACGUUCUGGGCGCCUAUAAGACAUUCGCUACCCGAGAGAGAAUAAAUGUUGCAACAAUUCGCACACAGAAAGCCCGAAAUGACAAAGAGGUCAAGCUCAAUGACUUAAAGAAGUUUGCGGAUAGCUUCAAGCUCAACACACCAGUUCCCAAGGAUCUUGUGUCUAUCAUUGCUAAAGACCCCGCAAAGCAACAGGAGAUUCAAGAAAAGGCAAAGCGCAACGCGGAAGCGGCCAAGGCUAACCCUGCCGAAGCUACCAAAGCUAUAUCAACAACCUCAGAGGCUAAACCAGCUACUCGUCCUGUCCCUACAACGCACGGCGCAACCCCUUCAUCUAAUGCCCCUGGCCGACAGAACGCUAAUCGAAACCCUGGAUUUCAACACCAAGGCUCAUACAACAAUUCUCAGUCCUUCCGCCCAGAUAGACCUGGAGCCCAGCAAGCAAUGCCCUCUCAGCAGGCCCGUCCGCCUGGAAAUCUAGGUCAGAGGUUGAGAAACAUUGAGCAACAGAACAAGCAUACCCAGCUUCCUGUGAACCCCAUGCCCAUUCACGAGACGAGGCUCCCACCAACAGGGCCCUCCAACGUCGCCGACCCCAAUUUCUCUCGCCGCUCAAGUGGUGUAACAAGCGCCCAAAGUGGAAGAUUGAAUCCAAACAGCAGCGAGUUCCGGCCAAGUCCACAUGCCGCCACAUUUAACCCCAACGGCAACCCUAGCAGUGGAUCAAGCCCUCGAUCUGCUGCCAAUGCUGUCGAGCCACCUGCUCCAGCCACGAAGUCACUGCUGAAGCACAAGCCGGUUCCUACCUCAGAGCGACCUUCUUUGAAGGAAAAGUUCAAUGCUCUGGAACAUAUCCUGUCGAUCAAGCCGCCACCUGGAAAGGACUGGGCGAAGACUGGUGGCAUAAAGCCCGCCUUUGAUACACUUCCUACCUGGCGAUCGCCUUCUGAUGAUGAGAAGCCUGACUCGACAAUGCACUUGACUUAUAAAGAGUUGUUCGAGAUGGCACCCUUCCCGACACAAACCCUUUCUUCGCCAAAUCCUUCCCAUGCUAUUCCUCAGGUUCCGCACCAAUACCAACUGCCUUUGCAUCUGCAACAAGGUGGCCAUCCAAGACAGUCUCCCCGACAACCGCCCAUGAAUCUUCAUGGCAAUCAACAUGGCCAUGGUCCAACUCCACCUUUCAAUGGCCCUGACGACCAUCGCAUGAUGCCUUCCCAGUCUGCGCAGUCGUAUGCCUCCCCUCGACCCCAUAAUGUUCCUAUGGCAUUCCCAUCGUCGCCCAUGGGUCAACCUCAGUUGCCGUACAAUCCCCCGAUGGUGCAAUAUCCCGGCGCGCCACCAAUGCAGGGCUUCAGAUCACUCUCUCAGAAUCACCAGUUCAUGCCACAGCAACAACAUAUGGGACCCAUCAUGAUGCAAAACCCUGCUAAUAGCUUCAUGACUUCUCAAGGUAUGGCGCCUGGCCCUCAGGUCAUGUACCCCCCGGGCGGCCAAAACCACUUCAUUCCACCGCAGAAUGGUCACCCUCCGCCAAUGCCUGGUGUCAAUGGAGGAUACCCAAGCCCAGGAAGAGGUGCUGCUCCAAUGAUGAUGAGCCAAGGAUCCCAACAAGGCCACCAGUCCCAGCCACCAAUGUAUGGAAAUGUGAACCCUGGUAUGAGUCCAGGCCCUCAGUAUGGACAGCCCAUAUAUCAACAGUCACCAGGACAGAUGCCCAUGCGCGGUUACAACGGCCCAAACCAGUUCGGUACGAGUCCACAACAGAUGCAUCAAUAUGGACCGCAGCAUCGGAACAAUCAUCCUAACGGCAAUUAUAACAAUAAUAAAAACUUCCAGCCGCACGGCCAACAUCCUAAUGGCCCAUCGAACAAUCAGAUCCCCAAUGGCCCUCAAGCACGAGCCUCGGAGGGUGGUGAGGAGGCAAAAUGA